GCCCAACAACUAUAAAAAAUAAUCUAAGAUUAUUUAAUAAUGAUGAUAGAAAUAAUGUUGUCAAACAAGUUUGUAUUAAAUAUAGUGUUAAUUAUUGUUGUAUUAUUCAACAUAAAACAAUAAUGUGCACUAAAUUAUUAAUUCAUUCCAUGAUGGACAUUUGCUGGAUGUUUAUGACAAGUGUCAACGUUUCUAAACAUUUUUUGUGCAUUUGCUUAUUUGCUAACUUCAGUGGUAUUAAUAUAGAGAUAGAGAAGCAAAGUGUUUUAAUUUCCAUGCAAAGAACUUUUAGGAAUAUGUAUUCUUGAUAAUGCUACAAUAGACUAAUUAAAAUUUUAACUAUUGUUCGUGUGUCUAGGUUAUUCUUUUAAGAUCUGAGUCUACUGUAAAUAAUGUGAAUAUAAAUUAAAUAAUAAAAAUGGGCGAUCUUACUUCCUCUAUAGCCAAACUUGAAAUGAAAGAAAACUUAUUUGAGAAGAUAAAGUUUUAUAUUAGUGGAGAUGUAGAUGAAAAGGUAGUAGAAUUAUUAAAAAAUGGACAUGCAGAGAGACUAAAUUAUUUUUCAGACUAUGUUACACAUCUAAUUGUGGGAGAAAAUUCUGAAGAAAAUGAUAUUGUAGAUGCAACAGAUGUAUAUGAGAUUCCAGCAGUAACACCAAAAUGGAUUCUAAUGUGUGCUGCACUUCAGAAGCUUGUCAGCAUAAAACCAUAUUUAUAUUCUCCCAACGGAAAACUGUUUUCAAAAUUUACAUUUUGCUUUAGUCACAUAAGAGAGGAUAGAAAUUACUUGUGGUCCUUAAUAACAUACCAUGGUGGACAAGUUCAAUUGAAUUUUGACAAAAAUUGUCAUUUUCUUGUUACCACCGAAUUUAAGGGAGCCAAAGCUGAAAAAGCUGAAGAAAUAGGUCCCAAUUAUGUGAAAAUUGUUACACCUGAUUGGGUAGUGGAAGCUGUUAAAAAUGGCAUACUACCUGACACAUCUUUGUUUCAUCCGAAGCUUAUCAACUGGCCUAAACCUAUUGAGUAUGAAAGUACUGCUGCUAUUACUGGUUUUGAACCGGAACAAUCAAAUAUAGAAGAGAAUGCAGAUGAAAAGGUUAUUUCAGAUUCAACUCAAGCAUUAUUAGAUAAACUGAAACAGAGAAUGCCAUGGAAUCAACCUAAAAUACCAUCAUCAACACCAAUGGCUUCCAUUACUGAUCCUAUAGCACCACCAAAUGUCGUUGCUCCUAGCUUUAUGCAAAAAACUCAACAACAACAACAACAGAUGCAACACCAACAGAAUACUCUUCAAAAAAUACAGACUCAUCCAACAACAUUAACACAACAACAACAACAACCACAUAGUACUCCACAAUCUCCAGUUAAUUCAAACUUUCCACAAAUUCCAAGUUCACCUACUACUUCCUUAAACAAUCAAGUUCCUAAAAGCAUUAUCCAUCACACACCAAAUCAGCAGCAAGGCUUCCAACAGCUACAAGUAUCCCAACAAACACAGCAACAACAGCAUCCGUUGAAUAUUAGUAGAUUGAUUGGACAAUCUCAACCUAGGCCUAAUUUACAAUUGAGAGGACAAUUAGUUCAGUCUCAGUUACAACAGCAAUUAUUGCAACAGCAAAACCAAGGUAAUGUCAUUCAGCGUAGCACUUCUCAAGUUCCAAUACCGCAACAGUUAUUACAGCAACAAUUAGCUCAAAGACAACUUGUGCAAAGACAAUUACUACAGAAUCAACUAAACCAAAAUCAACUUUUGCAGCAGCAACAACAAAUCAGUACAAGCCAACAACAGAUUAUUCAGUCCCAACAGCAAAUCACAACUUCUCAGCACUUGAGUCAGCUUACUCAACAACAGCUUGCUCAGUUACAACAACAACAAUUGCAGUUAAAACAAAACAAGCAAAUGCAGUUAUCUCAAAGUCAACAACAACUGCUGAAUCAAAAUUUGCAGCAACUUCAAUUGAACCAAAAUCAGCAACAAUUACAAAUAAAUCAGAAUCAACAAAUUCAAUUAAACAAAAAUCAGCAGCAAAUUCAGUUGAAUCCGAAUCAACAACAGAUUCAAUUAAAUCAGAAUCAACAACAAAUUCAAUUAAGUCAGAAUCAACAACAGAUUCAAUUAAAUCAGAAUCAACAACAGAUUCCAUUGAAUCAGAAUCAACAACAGAUUCAGUUGAAUCCGAAUCAACAACAGAUUCAACUAAAUCAGAGCCAACAUCAAAAUCAGCAACAUGUUCAGUUGAAUCAGAGUCAACAGCAAAUUCAAUUAAAUCAAACUCAACAGACAAUUCAAUUAAACCAAAACCAACAGCAGAUUCAACUGAAGCAAAACCAUCAACAGAUUCAGUUGAAUCAAAAUCAACAGCAGAUUCAGAUGAAUCAGAAUCAACAACAGAUUCAGAUGAAUCAGAAUCAGCAACAGAUUCAAUUGAAUCAGAAUCAACAAAUUCAAUUAAAUCAGAACCAGCAACAGAUUCAGUUAAACCAAAAUCAGCCACAUGUUCAACUUAAUCAAAAUCAACAACAAAAUCAAGUGAACCAGAAUCAGCAACAGAUUCCAAUGAAUCAAAAUCAAAUACAGUUGGGUCAAAUCCAACAACAAAUUCAGCUAAAUUCAAAUCAACAAAUCCAAAUGAACCAAAACCAACAACAGCUCCAGCUUACAUCAAAUCUGCAACAAAUUGCUGCUAACCAAAAUCAACAAGUUCAAUCUCAACAGAUAAUGCAGAAUCAAGUAAUACAGCCCCAGCAACAGAAUCAGAUUAUUCAACAGCAAAGCCCACAACAAAUUCAAAUGGGUCAACAACAGAACCAGAUUAUUCAACAACAAAGUCCACAGCAAAUUCAAAUAAAUCAACAACAAAAUCAAAUUAUUCAACAACAAAGUCCACAAAUUCAAAUCAGUCAAGCACAAGGUUUUGUCCAACAAAAUGUGAAUAUAAUAUCUCAACAGAAUCAGCAAAUACUACAACAAAAACAGUUCUUGUUGAACCAACAUCAAGCGGUAACAAGUCAACAGCAAUUUGUUACUAACUCUUUUAAUCAAAGCCAAGAUUUGAAUCAACAACAAAAUUUGAGCAUACAAAAUUUAAAUCAACAAUUAAGCACCCACAACUUGGGUCAGCAACUAAACCAGCAACAACUGAAUCAGCAAUUAACCCAACAUAGUCCUCUUGGUCAACAACUCGGUACUCAAUCCCAACAGAAUCAGUUAGUACAACUUAACUCACAAGAACAAUUGGAACAAAGACUGUCGCAACAAAACCAAUUGAAUCAGAUUAAUCAACAACAAAAUCGGUUAAGUCAACAAAAUCAAAUGAAUCAGACUAACCAAAUAGCGCAACAGACACCAAUUUCUCAGCAGAACACCCUAAGUCAACAACAAAUAACCCAGCAACAUCAAUUGAACCAAGUAACUCAGCAACAAAUUGGGCAAGGUAAUGUAUUAAACCAAUCAACACUGGAUGAAGAGUUAGGAAGCUUGAAUCAACAAUUAAAUCAAGGUUUAAAUCAUCAAAUUCAGCAGCAACAGUUGAGUAGACAAACUCUUCAACAACAGCAGCUUGGUCAACAACAACUUGGCCAACAACAGCAGAUUGGUCCACCACAGCAAAUUGGUCAACAACAGAUGCAAGUUCAACAGCAAGCAACUGUGCAGCAAAAUUUACAACAACAAAUAAAUCAGAUAAAUCAACAAGUGACCCCAGGUUUGCCUCAAGUAGUUAGAACACAAUUUCAACAACAACCAAACAUUGGUUCUCAGAUACUCAUCAAUCAAUCAACAUCCCAAAACCCCGGCCAACGGCCACAAAUUAAUCAACACAUUUGGACUCAACAAUCCACUCAAAUUUCUGGGCAACAAAUAAUUAGACAUCCAGUAAAUGUUAUUCAACAGCAUGGUGGUCCAAGGCUACAAUGGUCUCCCACUGCUCAACAAGGAAAUGCAGUACCACAAAGACAGUUUAUUCAACUUGAUGCCAGGACUCACCAAGAAUUACAGAAGAUGCCACCAGAACAACAAGCCAUUUUUGUAGCGAAAAUACAGCGUCAGAGACAGUUAUUAAAGCAAGUUCAACAAAGGGGGGGCAGUCACAUUUUAAUAAGAGGUAACGUACCACCUGGAUUAACAACUCAGCAACAGGUACAGUGGUUGCAACAACAAGCCAAACAACAAGGAAUUGUUCUUCCUCCUAAUAUACAACAACAAAAUAUAACUCCGGGUACUUUGACGCAACCCAGUCUUGCCCAAAACAUGCAACACGCACCUGGGUUGAGCCCUAUAAACCAGAAUGCCGGGCAAUUUACAGAUCAGAAUCAACAGCAACAAAUUCAACUCAGACAGUUCCGAUUGCAACAAUUACAGUUGCAGAGAGAACAAGCACAAAAAAAUCAUUUGGCUCAGCAGCAAGCAGGAACAAUACAACAACCCCCAGUUGUACGGCCAAUUGGUCAACCUCCUAUUGCCGAUUCGACAACAAAUUUGCCACAUGUACAAGAAGGAACUAUCCAAAAUCCUUUAGUAGUCAAUGCUAAAACUAAAACAGCCCUUGCUAAUAUGUUGAGUAUAAAACUACAAAGUGGUGGUUCAUCAGUGGGAGUUCAAAGAGCUGAUACUAUACAGGAACCAUCUGCCGCGGGUACUCUAAGAUUAAUGACGGCCCAACAUAAUGCUGCUAUUAAUUCGAAACCACAAGAAAUCAUAGCGUUACAGAGGAGAACGAUUAAUGGUCCAAAUGGUGAAAUAAUUAAACCUCCUGGCGCUCAGCUACUUCCAUCUACACCCACGACUGAACCUCCUAAAUUGCAGUAUAAUUGUCCGAAACCGGCACUUACACCUUUACAGCAUCGUCCAGGUCCAUUUUAUGGGCAUAAUCCAAAUCUCAAAUUGCCACCUGAUUUAUUUUUGUUGGGAUGUGUUUUUGUUGUUGUUGAACUAGAAGAUUUCUUGGAAGAAAAAAUACCAGGUUGGCAAGAAAAAAUUGCAAAACACGGAGGUGAAGUGGAAAAACAAUAUUGCAGCAGAGUAACUCAUGUUCUUUGUGAGACUCAACGACAUGGAGUGGUAAUGCAAGCACUUCGAGAUUGUAAAAGAUGUGUUACAAUAAUAUGGCUUAGUGACGUUAUGCAAAGAAAACAGGUUUUACCACCUUGGACUGCAUUACAUCUGCCAAACAUUUAUUUGGAUACUACUCCAGCUGCAAAACAUCUAAUUUCCAUUAGUGGAUUUGAAGGAAAUGACAGAGCUAGAGUUAAACAAAUGAUUAAUUAUACGGGAGCAAAGUGCACAACAUACUUUUCUAAACAUAAUACUCUAUUGAUAUCUGCCAAAGCUGAUGGUAAGAAAUGUGCAUAUGCUAAAAAGUGGCAGAUUCCAGUAGUUAAUGUUCAGUGGUUGACUGACAUAAUGUUGGGACAUUUUACAGCAUUAAAUCAAUUAGAACAUCAGAUUUACCAACAAUUUCCGAAUCCACCGAAUUUCAGUUUUGAUCCAAAAUUGGUUCCUAACUUAAUGGUGGCUUGGAAAGCCCCAAUAAAUAUUUCUCAAGAAUCUUAUGAAAGGGUAAAGAGAAGCGCCUCUCCUGUAGUUACACCAAAAAAACCGAAAAAACCUAAAGUAGACUCUACAGAUGAAAAUGAUAAUAUAAGUGACGAAAUGAUGGCAGAUUGCUCGUAUAAAAUCCUAUUUUCGUUAGUUAAUGAAGCAGUAAAGAUGAAGCAGAUGAUCAAAGAAUUGGGAGGAUGUAUUGCAAAAGAUCAUCAUGAUUUCACACAUCUUGUUAUGCCACAAUUAGCCCGGACUAAUAAACUUUUUUUCGCAAUUGCAAAAGAAGCCCACGUCGUAUCUGAACAAUGGCUUAAAGAUUCGCACGAAAACAAUCAGUUCUUGCCAGAAAAUAAGUACAGUCUUCACUCUAAAGAAUUUAACUUCGAAUAUAAAUGUGACAUCGACCAAACGUUUCAAACCCGAAACAGGAGCAAACUAUUUGAUGGAAAAUUUUUUUUUGUAACUCCUAGCGUAUUUCCAAGUAAACGAAUUAUCGUAGAGCUAAUUCAAUGUUGUGGUGGAAUUGUUGAAAAGCACAGAAGAAGUUCGUCGCAAAUCGAAAUCACCACAGUUAAUUCUCCUUACAGUUAUUUUAUAAUAACACAUGAGGACGAUCUUCAUUUAGUUGCAGAUUUAUUGAGAAAUAAAAAAGAUAAAAUGAAAGUAGUAUGUAAUGCCGAAUUGAUUUUUAGCGCCGUCUUGAAACAAACCUUUGAAGUCGAUCCUUACGCGGUAUCUGUGUUAUGAUUUACUGAAUCUGUGUGUAGCGAGGAUGAGCUUGAAAAUUGAUAAAAAGUUAUUUAAUUUGGGGAUUUGGUAUAUUUAAAAAAAAUUUGGAUGUUAUUGGUUCAUAUAUUUAGAGCUUAUGUUGAAAUAAAAUCAACAGAAAAGGAUUACUACAUAUUGACUAAAUUAUUUGAACCACUGGUUAUUAGAAAUAAUAUGAAGUUUAAAAUUUGAUGAUACUUAUUCUUUCACUAUAAAUUGAUAAAACCGUGACACAUAAAAUUAUUUAUUUGUUUAAAUUGAAUGUAUUUCUAUUACACCAAUUAUUUUCCAUCUACACUCUUACUCUUAUCUGGUUUUGAGUCGCAGGGGCUAGCUAGUGUUUACUGUCACCGUAAUUCUGAUUGUUUGCCUCAUAGCAACUCAUGAAACUAAAUGCUAAUUAAGAAUUAUGACAAACACAAAGCAUAUGCAGUGUGUGUAUUUAUGUGUGUACACGACUGCAUAUAACUUCUAAGUGGGUUCAGGAUAGAUAUAUGUGAUUUUCACUAACAAGAUUUCAUUCGAUAAAUUUUGUGAUAGCUUUUAAUUCCUUUACAUAAAACAACUCUCCUGUCAAUUGCAAACUAUAGAUGCUAGAUAUAAUUUUAUGUUCAUAAAACCUAAUUUAUCUAUAUACAGAGUGAGUUUUAUGUAUGGAAUGCUCAAUUAUCUCGGAAAUGGCUUGUACGAUUUUUAUAAAUUUUUGUGCGCAUUUUUGUCCUUUUUCCGGAAAAAUAAUAAACUUUGCCAUUUCAAAUGGAUCACCCUAUAUAUUUUAUAUUUUCAAAAAUCCUUAAGAAAUACUAAUUACUUUUCAUGUAAUAUAAUCUAUACCUAAAUGCCAUAAUUUCGGAAUUAUAGCUACAUUUACAGUAUCUCUACCAAAAUUACAAUAAAUAUUGUACAUUUAGAAUGUACAUAGAUAGUACAUACAUACUAUGAUAGAAUAAAAUCGUUUAAUUUGAGUAAUUUAUGUGCUAAUACAAAUCUCGUAACAAGGUCUAGUGUCAGUCACAUGAUCAGUUUAAAUCAUGCAUGAUUAGUGGGUCAAGGGCAGUUGUCUUCAUCCAGACUAUUUUGUUAUCUUGAUUUUUUUGUAGGUUUUUCUGGUGAAAGCGCUUCAAUGUCUUUAAAAUCACUUUGAUCCAUUUCAAAGACUAACAAAGGUUUGUUUAGUUUUGCACCAAUUAUUACGUGCUUCCACCUGGGCUUUCACUCUUUACUUGGCACGUUCGAUAAGGGCGAAAUCUCUGUCACAAGAAAGAAAUGAAUGGCCAGCUAUCAAAAAUUUUUGACGAAAUAACGCAUUUUCACUAAAUAACUAUACAGUAUUCCAAUUAUUGUUUUGGCCUGUACAUCAGUCUGGCCAAACGAUUAAUCUCCUUUCCUGGUAGUGGUUGAAAUGUAGAGGUUAUGUAUCUCAAAAUGCAAGAUCCGAUUUCCUUCGAACCCCGUUUUGCUAACGACCCAUUCCAUACAAACAUUUUUGCAACGUUGUCAGUCAUAUUGUGGAUUGCCAAGUUUUAGUACACUUCGCCAUGAGUUAACAUAUGUUUAAAUAAGACUUGCUGUAGGUCUACACAUUGUUAUAGCAUUUCUGUUUGCUGAAUCUUCUGAGAGAGUUUUCCCAUUCAAGGAAUAAUCAAAAGAAGCUUGUCGUGUUGAUGCGGAAUCUGAUUAACCGGUACGCCUUUUCCGUGGUUCCCGUAGGGCGAUGAAUUUAAGAAGUAAAAGAGACUUUUACAUUGUACGACAAACCGUAAAACUGACGAAAUAAACUAUGUGUGGACGCAAGAAACAAGCCGCUGAACAACCUCCAGGAUUUGAAUGUGGAACCUUUUCAGGAACGACAUCACCCCGCGAUUGGCUUUGUAUGAUUUUUCACUGUCUUUCAUAAUUUUACGCUUCUUAUCACUCCAUUCCGCGAAGUGAACAGCACGUUUACGGUUAAUCACUCUUUUUAAAUCACUAGCCGAUAUAUUAAUGAUGGGAAAUGAGUAAACAACAAUGCAAGCAUAAGACAAUGCUUUAAGUUUCAGUGACCUUGCGCCAUGUUCGUGAUUAUUUUCAGAGCGAAAUUUAAACGCACGGGUACUAAAUAAGAAAUGUAGUGAAGGUUUUGUAAAAAGCAACAUGUAAAUAAAUAAAAGCAGGAUAGUAAAUAUUUACCAAAUAAAAUUAAGUAAGGGGUUGCGUUUCCAUAUACAUUUAUUAGUGAUCAAAGUGUACCUUUUUUUUUGGUGUGGGUGGGAAAAUCUUCAAAAGACGCCUGGGAAAAUCUUCAAAAGACGCCAGGGAAGGUGUGCUGGAUUCACCCGCUAGCCCGGCGCCUACCAGCUAAAAACCCACCCUCUUCUCCACCGACGCAUGUGGAACCGUUCUUAGCGAACAUCCCGUCACAUGCGCCGGCUGUACUCUUCACUCCGUACUCCUCACUUUAUCUAAUAAAUAAUAUAUAAAUAAUAAAUAAAUAACACAUGCACUAGAUACUAAAAAAACAUCACACACACAUAAAAAAGAGAGGACGUACACGUAAUAAACAUAUAACCAUAAAUAAGAACCUACCUAAACUGUAUAAAUAAAACUUAGCCUAACUUAUCCUAUUUUUAAAAUCAUGUGUAUAGUUAAAACUUAACCUAUCUUAAAAUUUCUAAAAACCUAACCUAAGAAUCUAAAAAAAAUUUUUCUUUUUAAAUUCUAAUUUAAAAUUGUGUAUAAAUAAAAAAUUUUUCAUUAGACUAAUUAAAAAAAUAUAAAUAAAAUCUUAAGUCUAAUUUAAAAUUGUAUAGAUAAAAUGUAUCUUAAGCUAAUUUAAAAAGUAUCCUAAAUCUAGUUUAAAAUGUAUAAAUAAAAAGCCCUAACUCUAAUCUGUAUAUAUAAAAAUUUAAAAUCUGUGUAUAGACAUGAAUAUAAAAAUUUAAAAACUUGUAAAGAUAAAAAUAGUUAAAACAAUAAAUUAAGACGUCACAAUUCUACCUACACAACACGUUAAAAACCGUCACGCUUUCUCUCUUCUUCUUUGGCCUUUAUAAUUCCUUUAUAAUUCCCGUAACAUAUAUUUAUUACCUGGUGGUAAACCUUCUUAUCCCUAAUGGUAGCGAUCAUCAUAUUUCUACAGUUCAGGGUGCCUUCUCCUAAUAUUUUUUUUAUUGUCUUUUGUUCUUGCCUAUGGACUCGGCACUCCAUCACCACGUGACGGGGGUCCUCCGUCACACCGCAGGUGGGGCAUAGGUCAUCUCUUGUUUUUUUUUUUAUUCCAUAUGUAUAUUUCCUGAACGACCCAUGCCCCGUCAAAAAUUGCGUGAAGAAAUAGUUCGUUUUACGGUGUGCGCAUUUGUACCACUCCGUCACAUCUGGGAUUAUCGUCCACGUCCACUCGGCUUUGGCACCCUCCUCUCUCCACUCUCGCUGCCAUUUGUCCAAGAUGACUUUCCUUUCUUUUUUUUUUAUUCUUUCAAUGUUUUCCUUGUCAACUUGGACUCUCCUGUAGAUUCUGACCCUCUCCUCCAUUAAUAUGUGGAUUGGGAUCGCUCCCGCGAUCGUCUGCAGCGCUAUUGCAGAAACAGUUCUAUAUGCGCUGCAGAACCGAAGCAGCGGUUUCCUCUGUGCCGAGGUGUAUAAAUUUUUAUAUUUUUUAAUCUUCAUGACUUCCGCCCAUACUGGUGCCCCGUAUAGGAGGGUGGAGUGAAUUACUUCAAGUAGCACCCUCCUCCUUUUGCUACCGGGGCCCCCUAUGUUUGUUAAUAUCUUCUAUAGGACGGAAGUCCUUUCCUCAGCUUUUCGCACCGCUGCCUCCACGUGCUUCGAGAAGGUCAGUCUAUUAUCAAAGGUUACGCCCAAGUACUUCACUGUUUUCUGGGAAAUAACAAAGUGCCCUCCGAGAUCAAAUUGGAUUUCAUCCCGGACUGUUCUUGGUCCUCUUAGCACUAUUAUUUCCGUCUUCUCUACUGCUAUUUGUAGGUCCAUCUGCUCUAUCCACCUUUUAAUUCUUAUCAUGUUUUCUUUUACUGUAUCUACGAUGCCCCAAUUCAUAUCGCUUUCCGCUAAUAUCGCUAGAUCGUCAGCGUAUGCGAUCGAUCUGGCGCCGCCUUCCAGUUCUAAUCGGAGUACCCCGUCAUAUAAUAUGUUCCAAAGGGUCGGUCCUAACACUGACCCUUGAGGUACUCCGGCGGUCAAUUUAAUUUCCUGCCUUCUCGAUACGCAUACUCUCCUUUCCGUUAGGUAGUCCUUUAUAAUAUUUACUAAAUACCAUGGGACUUCCAUUUUAUUUAAUUUUUGUAUUAUGAGGCCCCAGUUAGCUGAAUUAAAUGCGUUUUUGAUGUCUAACAUGAUGAGGACUACCCAUCUUCUUUUUGAAGCUUUCGCUGCAUCGUGUACCCACUUUGCGGCGUCCACUGCUGAUCGACCCAUGCGGAAGCCGUAUUGCUGAUCCGAUAGAGCUGCUUUGCUGUCCACGAAUUUUUCUAAUCUUUUUUUAAUUAAGAUUUCGUAAUAUUUUCCCAGACAGUCUAACAAGCAUACCGGCCUAUACGAGGCCGGCGAAUCGGGGGGUUUCCCAGGCUUUAAUAACAAUACCAAAUUUGCUAUUUUUAAUUCUCUGGGAAACUCUUGCCUACACAGUAGUUCGUUAAAGACGGAUGUAACAGUUUCAGGCCUCGUUGUGAUCAGGGUUUUAAUUGCCUCUGGUGGCAGGCCAUCAGGGCCGGGGGCUUUACCCUGCUUGAUAUCUUCUGCAGCGGCCAGGAUCUCUUCCGUCGUGAAUUUUGGUACAGCCGCGUCGCUUUCCUUGUGGAAGUUUUCUUCCCUUUUUUUAGGGAAGAGUAGCGACGCGGCCUCUAGCCACUGCUCUUCGUUCAAGUUGUAUGGGGCGACGGCCUUCAAUGCUUUCAUUGUGAUUUUGUAUGCGUCGCCCCAUAUGUCCUUUUCAAGGACCGCCAUCUUUUCCCCUUUUCGUUUUUUAUUAACUUGCCCAGAGCCUUUUUUUUUCUGUUUGUAAAUGUCUUGGUAACUUCCUUCGCCCCCGCUUCUUGUGUAUGUCCUCCGGGCAAGGAGGCAAUCCUCUCGAAGUUUAUCUCAUCGUUUCACUAAUAUGGCAUUUGCCUGUUAUUAUUCUUUUUAUUUUUAUUUUCCCUUAUUAUUUUUUCUUUUAUAUCCUUUAAUACUAACUGAAGAGUCUCGUAGUUCACCACCUUUUCUGUCUCUAUGCUUUUUAUUUUAUCUAUUAUUUUCUUUUUAUUUGUAUUUUUAUUGUUUUUAUUUCUAUUUAUUUUGUUUUUAAUAUCAAAGGUGAUGAAUCUGUGGUGGGAAAAUAUCUGAUCAUCGAGAACGUCCCAGUUUACGAUUUUUCUGGAAGAUCCCUCACUAGCAAGAGUCACAUUAAUGUGACUCCCGCUAGUGCCCCUCACAAAUGUAGGUUUUUUGUUGUUCAUGGCUAUUAUGUUUAUUUGGGCCAUCCAGUCGUCCCAGAGGUCACCCCUCUCAUCCUUAAUAGGGGAUCCCCACUGAGACGAUUUCGCAUUAACGUCCUCGACGAUCAGGAAGUUCUUUUUGCCGGUGACGGUAUUCAUUAUUUUCUUUACAACUUUUCUGUAGUAAAAUGGGGGAAAUGUAACAGGCCACAAUCGUGAUCUCGCAAUCAAGCUCGACCACGAAGAAUACCGCCACGUCCUUUCUUUUGUCUUGUACCCAACCACCCCCCUCAGUCAGUUUUUUAUUGGGUUCUGAAACGAUAAGAUAAGAUCCGCUUCGAGUUGAGCAGCUUUAACGUGGGUCAGGUCAUGAGCUAGUUUGGCCCUUCCCACAUUAAUCUGCAAAACCCUGAUGCCGGUCUUGCUAGAGGCCAUUUUUUUUUAUUUACCUAGAAAGCGUGUCGUUUUUCUCGUACGUUCGCGGUCCGGAGGUUCAUCUCUGUGUGUUCCCGAAAACUGCCUCGCGGUACAUAGGACACGCCAUGGUGUCAGUCCGAUGCCCUCCCUCAUUGCAUGAGAGACACCACGCCUCGUUCGGGCACUCCUGCGCCCGGUGUCCCUCCUUGAUACAAUUAAAACAACACCUACCUCGAUCUUUUCCUUUGCACUGGUAGGUGCUGUGUCCAAAUUCAAGGCAUCGGAAGCAUCGCAGGGGGGUGAACCUCUCCCUUAUCUUACAAUAUUGCCAGUGGAUUUUUAUUCUAUCCACUGACCUUAGGGCCGCCGCCAUCUCCUCCCUGACAGCUAUCGUCGCUGUCUGUCCCCUCCCUCUGCUCUCCCUCAUUCCUCUUACCUCAAUUUCCUUCUCUUUGAGACCCGUCCAUUUUGCUAUAGUCUCUUAGUUUGGGGGGGGGGGUAUGGACGGAUCCACCUCCAUUUUGGUGAAAACCGUCUCUUUUCUUUUCACCGUCAUGCUCAUGGUGUUCUCUCCCAUUUUAUUAUUAAUUUCUUUUCUUAACCGUUCGGCGGCCCCCUGUCCUUUAACCUUCACCAACAGGCCCCCCCCUGUUUUGCGGACUGACUCGACUUUUUUGCCGAGCUCCUCCACAUCUAUAUUUGUUUUAAUUGUUUUUAGUACAUCCGUAUAUUUCUUGGUGACCGUUUUUAUAAACAGAGACUCCCCUCCGUCCCGUUCUGUACCACCACCUGUCCCCAUCUCUUCCCCUUUAGUUAUUAUUCCCCAUUCUGUUUUCCCCGUCCUUCCCACGAAUUCUAUUAUUUUUCUAAUUUUUCUUUUAUCUACCCCUUCCUCGAUAAUUACUUUAAUGUUUUUUCCCCUUUCUCUUCUGCCAUCUUUACUAGAUGCCCUAUUAUUUUAAAUUCUUCCCCUUCAUCCCCUAAUUUGACCAUAUAAUUUAGCCACUUUCUUUCGUUGUUUUUGGUUUUUAUGUUGUUUCUAUUUUUUCUAUCUCACCCGGUCCCGUUUCUUCUAUCACUCCCCACAUUUCCUCCCUUAUUUUUUUUUAUUGACUCUAUCGUUAUCCCUCCCAGUUCUUUUCCUAUUAUUACUGCAUUACUUAACCUUUCCCUUAAUACAUUCUCGAUCCUUUCUCUUUCCCACCUUACAUAUUACAGAAUUGUAUUGGUGUGGGAUUAUAGGCAAUUCUCGAGUGCAUCUUGAUUAAUGCGUCUAAUUAAUAAAAAUUUGAAAUCUUUUUUUAAAUCAUUCCAUAAUUCCCACAAGAAACUUAUUGUCAGUCUCCAACAUUGUUUGUGAUAUCUUUACCAUUUUCAAUUACUCUGAUCCCUUUCAGCAACAUCAUUAUUUCGUUUAGAAACUCCAUUUGCUUCCUAUUGCUCACGAAUGCUGAAUUUAAAGGUUUUUAUGUAUUUAUUGAUAAGGCGGUAAAUACAACAAACAAUGUAUCAAAUUUUUUAAUAAUAUAUGCAGUACCCUAUGCUUCUGACGGUAGUACACCCAGGCUCACGUAUGUAUUUAGACCUGCUGCUACUGUAGCACUCAACACUUGAGUAGCUAAUUUGAACUUCAUUUUUUCAAAAUUGCUUUAAUUUUUUAUAUGCAUUGUAGAAAUCUUCAAUAUAUUUCAACCAGGCCGUUUUCUCGUUGAAUGUAAAUGUAUGUGCCAUUAAGUUGUUUCUUAUAGCUUUUAUUAGAGGUGGUGGGUCAAAAACAUACCAAACUUUUGUCGCCUUUACCUUAAAGAAAGGAUAUUUCUCCGUCACACCUAAUAAAUGUGCCAUUUGUAUAAAAUUUCUUCGCAUAUCAGAAACCACUAUAUCUCCUAAUUUGUCAAUGCAAUCAUGGAUUUCCCUUUUUACAUCAUUUGCUUUCAUUGUUGAAUGCAAGAAAUAUAAGCUUAUUGGAAGUUUCCAGUUAGUAGCUAGACCACGUAUCAUAAAUGUAGCUACAUAAGCAGCUGGUUUUCUUGUUUCACCUUUUCCACAAUCUUCUAACCCAAUAAUUUCAUCUUUAGAGAUAUGAAAGAAAAGGUUUGACUUCAAUGACAUUUCAUCAAUGCAUAAAAUACAAUAUCCGUCUAAUUCAUUCAAUGCCUCAAUUUCGGGUUUUAUACUCUCGAAUAACUUUUCAUUUGAACCAGCAUUCAUAGGCAUGUUUUGUGUCACUCUUUGUAGUAAUCUCUUCGUAGACAGUAAGAUUUUGAUCAACGCCUUAUACGCUUUGGGACUUACAAAAUACAAUAAGCGCAAUCGUUUAAUUUCAUCAGAAUAACCUACCUUUUGGCAUUCUCAUAUGAAGAUUUGCCUGCAUUUCCACAAUCUCAGCAGAUGCUUGUGGUAGCAAUUUUUUUAAAAAAACACUUAAAAUGUGUUAAAAUUUGUUUGCGUGACAAAAAUUUAUUUUUUGGGAUUGAACUUCGUAAUUUUGUGCCCAGUGCAUUAAUCUUCAUUCCUAAUUUGCUCUUUCUUGGGGUAUUAUAAUUUAAAUAUUCUUCUGUAAUGCAGUAAUGUAGGUCGUGGUAAUGUUUCCAUAACUGGAUCUGCUGUUGAUAUCGAUGGCCUGAGCCCACAAUCUAGAAAACUGUGGUAAUUAGUAUCAUUUUCAAUAGACAUUAGACAAAUAUUACUAUGCCCAGAUAAACCAGUACUUGUUAUCUCGAUAGACGAAAUAAUUUUCUUUUUUCGGGUCCCUUAUUUCUUUUGCUUCAGGAACAGCCACAUAUAGACGAUUUCUUAAAUCAUUUAACAACAUUGUAGAAUGAAAAUAUAAAUUGCAUAUUCUGUACUUCCUAUACAAGGCUGAAGAAUCCUUUCCUAGUAGAUCACUUCUAUUGGGUGUGGGAUUCACGCAUCCAACGAGGAUUGUUACGUGACCUGUAUCUACAAUUUUGCCGAUUUACGUUUCCAUUGAUAUGAAAAGUAGCCUCAUCGCAAAACAUAACAUUACUUAAAAAACUUGGAUCUUUUUGAUUUUUCCAUCAUUAGGUCUGCAAACUCUGCACGUUUUACAAAAUCGUCAUCUGACAACUCUUGCACCAACGUUACUUUGUAUGGAUGGAAUUUAUUAUUACAUAAAAUUUGCGAAAUAUCAAGUUCCCUAGAUAUUUAUCCAGUACUCAAGUGUGGAUCGUCUAACAGGACACAAACAUCUAAAGAUUUGUUUUCAGUUGAUGCAUUUUGUCUGCGCCCUGAUUUGGAUAAAUCUUUCACUGAACCAGUUUCGUUAAACUUUUUUACUAAUUUGCUGACAGUAGAUCUUGUUAUGGAAUUCGGUUAGGAUAUAAAUUAUUAAAGAUAUUAAACGUUUCUUGUUGACUUCUACGCCUAUCACCAUAUCCUAAUAUCAUUAAAAUAUCAAUUCGUUCUUUUCCAGAUAUACGAUCCAUUGUGACUUUCAAUAAACUUCAACAAUAAUAAUUUAUUGAAAUAUCAAAUUUGUUGUUGUAGCAGUUUUAGCCACCUAAAUGUAUUAUUUUAACUUUGUCGGAAAUAACGCAAAUAUAUCUAUAACUCCGAAAUCAUGGCAUUUAGGUAUAGAUGAAAAAUAAUUUGAAAUAAUAAAGAUCAUUAUUAUUUCGGAAAAAGGAAGAUCUGACAACAAUGUAAAUACCACCAUAAUACCGGCGGUAUCACAAGACCCUUGUACACAAAAAUUUAUAAAAAUCGUACAAGCCUGUCCCGAGAUAAUUCAAGCGUUCCAUACAUAAAACUCACUCUGUAUAAAAAUUAGUUCUGAGGUAGAUGACGAUUAUCUCAAGAUGACGAUGUUUGUAAUGGUAGUCAUUAUAGGGGAGCUUUAAAUUAUUGUUUUCCCAUAUGGAUGAGUGGAAAUUCCCAUAUCUAUAGACUUCAAGGUUACUUUUUUGUACAUAAAUAGGCAGAUUCGAAAAGUAUUCUAUAAGCUAAUUGGCUGGGGUAGAACUCAGUAUCCCCAAGUUUAUCAAUGGCACUAGAAGGACUCUUCCAGUGAAGGGACCUCUAUAUUUCAUAUAAGAUAUUCCAAAUUAACGAACUGAUGAACAUUGGUUCUAUCUGAAUGUUAUUUGUGCAGAUUUAUUUUUAUUUUCCACAUUCCCUUCCAAUCUUGCAAGAAGUUUAAGUGGUGUUGGAGGUGAAUUGUCACAGAUGCUGGAUCUUCUUGACUGUCAAUUUCGUCUCUUGAACAUGAAUGUGCACUUUAACUAGAGGUGUGAAAUUUCAAAAUUUGGUACAAAAUGUAUUAUUUGUCUGCUUACCGUAGUACCAUUAGACCUUCACAUUUUUUAUACAUCAAAUAAAACUAUAAAUAAGUAAUCGCAUCCAAUUAUUAUUUUGAAAGUACCGUUCUUAUAUAUUUUCAGAAAAUCAGCCAAUUAUAAUAUUAAUAAGGGGAUUCAGUGAUCUAUUCUUUAUUUUCAUUUAUAUCGAUUUAUAUGUCCAUGCUAAGUUUACACGUUUGCCGUGACUUGAGAAAUGUCUUUAAGCAGCAAGUCUUUAAAAUCACUUAGAUGCCAUUUAAACAUUAACGAAUGCGUUAGUGUCUUCCGGACAAGCAAGCAUGGUGGAUAUGGACGUUGAAGUUGUAUCUGCUACUGCCUCGAGACAGGUCAUAGUAUCGUCGUUUGACUUAUGAUCGAUACGUCGUAUACUCCGCACAGUGCAACAUAAAAACAAAGCUCUAUACUGACUGUACUAAACAUGCUCCAACGUGUUGCAAGCGCCUGCCACAAGCUUCCUUUGUUAUGUUUAUAAAAAUGGACACUGGACUGGAUCAAAACGUUUCCAUUUUAGUAAAUUUCUUAUUUUUGGUGACAGACUGACUUUCACAGUCAAAAAAUAAAAAUUAACGUUUCAAUUCUAUGUUUCGUGACAGGCUCUCCAAACUUGUCACCGCUUUUAUGAACAUAUAAGGGUUUGAGAUAUACUUAAUUGAAAUAAUAUGAGUUAUUGCUAAUACAAAAUUCAUUUGCCUUAUUUUUUUAUUACCACUCACGAUACUACAACUAAACCGAUAAUAUAAUACUUUAAGAAACAAUAUUAGAUUGAAUUACAUCAAAUCCCUAAAUUAUUUCAAUUGUAGAGAAAUAGAAUAAUCACAUAUGUGUAAGAGAAGAAGGUUAAGAGAAACUGGUUGUUGAAUGUAUAUACAUUUAGAAGCUGUAUUUCCAACUUAAAAAAUGAAAAUUAUAUUUGUGAAAACAUUUUUAAUGUAUUAUAUAUGUACCAUGUAUACGUAUAGUAAAUAUAUUUCAAUGAUUUUUUAAA